AUGGACUCCACCCUCACUGCCCAGAUCAUCUCAAUCUCCGGCGCCUUCUUCCUGGGCAGCUACAAUACCACAUUCUCUCAAAAUGUGAUUCCUCACCUCUACAACCUUCCCUCUUCCAUCUCCACGCCCCUCUUCGACAAGAUCUUCCACAAAGGUGGUGCGACCAUCAUGCCCAUUGCCACCGUCGCAAUUGCUGCAAACUGCUAUCUGGCAUACAACAGUGAUGGCACCACGAGAAAGUUGUACGGAAGUGCUGCAAUUCUGGUGUUGGCGUCGUUGCCAUUGACCAAGUUUGUGAUGAUGCCGGGCAUUCAGAGAUUGGUGGAUAUUGGAAGGAGUGCGGCGUUGCAAAGCAAGGGGGUUGUUGAUACUGAGGUUACCACGCUUCUGAAGACUUGGGUGAAGCAGAACUACUUCCGAGGGUCGCUGCAUUUGACUGCGGGAUUGUUGGGCUUGUUUGCAGCAUUGUCUUGA